AUGCCUCAUCCCCGCCGCCGGAGCCCGGAGAGCUUCAGGAGGCGGAGGCGCGAGAAGCGACUGUCGCGCGAGGAUCCUGCCGGCCUGUACUCGUCGUCGUCGCCCAAGAGCAGCGUCGCGCCCCAACAGACGGCGGGCAGCUACAGCGCCGACAGCCCACGGACACAGCAACAGCAGCAGCCGCUGUACGAGUUUCCGUCCCAGCAGGACAAGUCGCAGCCUCAACCUCAGCUUUACUCCCAAUCACAGCUUCCCUCGCAGGCUCUCCCCCAAUUCCCGCCACCGGAGCAACAGCCGCGGUUCCAGCCGCCGCCGCCGCUGCACCACCAGCAGACGGCAUCGUCGCCGUAUCCGUCGCCGCAGCAAUACCAGCAGCAAUACCCGGCCUCGUUCCCGCACCACACGUCGCUGCCGCCAAUGUCGCAGCGCCAGACGCCCUCGCAGGAUGUCCUGCCCCGGUCCCGGGCCUCGUCCGGCUCGCUGUCGUCGCCGUCACCGUCGUCCUCGUCGUCCUCGUACAUGGAAAUCUCCCGACAGUAUCCCACCUCCCGCUUCGGCGGCUUCUUCAGCACCUUCAUCAAGGCCCCUUCAGAGGUCCGGCGGCGGCGGCGCCGAAGGGGCAGCGGCACCAAGAGGCGACGAGGCGUCUUCUUUGGCGGCGGCAGCAACUCGUCCCACUCGUCCAUCAACUCCGACAUGGCGUACGGCACGGGCUUCGUCAAGAAGGAAAAGGACCGGUCCACCCGCUACAGCAGCUCCGUUGCGGGCUCUGCCGCGUCCAGCUCGCAUCCUCAGCAGCAGCAGCUGCCAUACUCGCAAUAUCCGGCCGCGCUCCCCAACCGGCCAUCGCCCAGGCUACCUAAUGAGGGGAAGCGCAACAAGACGGAUGAGGAGAUCAUCGCCAUUGGUCGCCAGCUAUCGGAUCUGGCUCGGAGGUCCAACGAGGAGGAUCUCCGCCACGCGGGAAAGUCUCGAUCCAGCGGACUGGCAUCGACUGCCGCCGCCAUCAGCGCACUGCGGAAGAGCAGAAAGGAGGCCAAGAAGCGAGGAGGACUUGCCGGCUCCAAGAAGCACCGCAACUCUUCAUCCGACGAAUCGGACUGGGAGUCGGCUUCGGACGACGACGACUCCUCUUCCGGAAGCUCGUCCAGCGAUGACAGUCUUAUACACCUGGCCUACGGCGGCGAGGAUUCUUCACGUUCCAACGUCGCCUUGUCCGGGAGCGACGCUCACCUCGCUUACGGCGGCGAUUCUUCGCUCUCCAACGUCGCCCUGCCCGUCUUCAUGGGCGCCGCUGCCGCUGCCGUUGCCACUCCUGUCGCCGACUCCAACCCCUCGCAUAGCAGGAAGAGCUCCGUUGUAGAUCCUCGGCUCUUCGGCCCAUUGAACUCGCUACGUGGGCUGGUGAACACCCCCUGUGGGUUUGGAGACGAACCGCGGCCUACGCCUUCCACGGGCUCGGGCCCCCAUCUCUACGAUAACGACAGACCGGCCACCGGGGGAUCGCAGGCCGACUCCGCCCACCGCCCGGCACCUGUGCCCCUCCAGCAGCCGAUUCCCAAGGCCCCGGUCUCUAACAAGGUCUUUGAGGCCGGUAGGCGAGACUCCCGGAAUAGCUACCGCCGCCAGCAAUCCAAUAGCGGAGUUCUUGACCCUACGCUCGGGGGAGGUGUUGCGGCUGCUGCCGCCCUUGCCGCGGCUCGCAUGGCCGAUCAAAGGGGGCCUUGGAGCGAGGACCGCAUUUACCGGGACGACGUCAAGCUUGCUCGGCCGGACCCGGACGAGGACCAUUAUCAGCGCGAUCAGGCCCCCUUUGAGGAGCUGGAGCGACGGCGGGCCAAUCCCGAAGUGUAUUAUAACCGCCGAAACGACGAUGUAGACUCCCCUCGGAUGGAAUCCAACCGCGAAAUGCCCGACUACUUUGGCAAGGACUCGCCUGGCCUGGCCAGGGAUGGCAGGACCUGGAUGGAGCUUCACCCCGAGGAGCGCAAGGAGAGCCUCAAGUAUCAAACUACCUAUGAUGCCCACAUGCGAGAGAUUGAGACGCGCCAAGCCCAAGAGCGCAGGGAUCGACUUCGCAACGCCCAGAGGCAACAGCAGCAACCGCAACAGACCGCUCAUGCGACAAAGGCAGGUGACCGGAACGCUGACAAGCCAGCUCAGCCCGCCCCGAAAUCCAAUGUUGACCCUUUUCAAUACCAGGUUGCCGACGAUGCUUUCGGCACUCCCCAGUUCAACACGCCCCGCCGGCCGCUGACUCCUGAAAUCGUCACCGUUGAGCGUGUUCCCCACUACACCGAGUCCAGGUCUGCCAUUGCCUCUGCGCCUUCUCCAGCGCCCUCGACGCUGGUACGACCACCCAAUGCCGACAUUCGGCUUAGUCGAAAGGACUCCCACGAGCUCGAGAAGGCUGCAGAGGAGAGACAAAGGGGGAUCCAUACGGAAUUUCGAGGCCGAGACCCCCGAGCCGGAUACGAGUACGAACAGGAGGAAAGGGAAGCCCGAUCUAUCCUGGACGAGGCCAAGCACUCCACCAUUCCGGUUGCUGCCGUGGCCAUUGCCUCUGCCAUUGCUGUUGAGGAGGAGCGGUCGCGGGAGCGCAAACGCCGCGAGUACUCGGAAGACGGUUCUCGGGAUCGAUCCAGGCCUCAAAAGGACGCUGUUCAGGAGGAUGCCGACAGGUACUACCGCGAGUCUGUGAUUGCCCGCAAGAUUGCUUCCGACGAGAUUCGCUCUCGCAGCAAGUCCCCUGAGGAAUCCGUCGUGGAUAAGUGGGAGAACCCGUCCACCAAAGAGUCGUUUGCCAUCGUUUCCCCGCCUAGCAUGGAAGACAGGGAGCAUGACGAUGACGAGAACCCUUACGCGCCGCCGAAUGCCGAUGUCAAGAUCGACAACGAGAUCUACCCACAUGAAAGCGACAGAUUCCGGGCCACCAACGGUCUUGAUGUCUCUCGGUUCAGGGCCCGCGACGCUUCUCGUGAACGCCCCCUUCUCAACAUUGUCCGUCCCACUCCGGUCCCCAGCCCUGAUCCCACGUCGGGAGCUGGUGAUGCGUUGAAGCAGCCAGCAGAGGUGCCUGCAGCUCAAGAGCUCUCAAACGACUUGGCUGAUUCGUCCGAGGAUGAAGAGUCUGACCGCAAAGAGGAGGCGGCACACUCCUCGCCCAGCGGCAAGUCCGUCUCUUGGGGCGAAAACUCAACGAAGCGCUUCGUGGUCGAAUCCCCCGAGGCUCGAAGCCGUGCCGAAUCCCCAAACGAACCGGCUGAGGCGGAGGAGAAACCCAGACCCCGUCUCAGCAAGAUUAGCCAAUGGGGCAAGAUUGCUGCCAUGAUGGCCGCCGGCACCGCCGAGCCGACCACUGAGCUCGACAGACACACUGUUAAGCGGAGCGGCGAUGCCUCUGCCGAUGACGACGCUGAUGGCGCACCACCUGUUCCUGGCCCUAAGCCGGUCAGCCCCGAGCCGGAACAGACGCCUGGGACAUACGCCGACGACCUCGAGUUUGCGGCUACCGUAGCAGCUGGCCUGAAGGAGAGCGGCUUUGACCCCAACAUUGUUAUUGACGACCCAGCCUUCCGCCGUCGAGAGUCUCGUCCGGGGACGAACGAGACCCCUACGAUGGGCCAUGCUGUUCCUGAGCGACCAUCCGAAGAGCCCGUAUCAGUCCCUCCCAAGACAAACGUGCGAGGAGACGAGCCAAGAAGCAGAGAGCAGGAAGAUGAGGCAGAGCUCUCUUUGACCGACACAGAAGAUGAAGUAGACGAGAAGCCCCAAAAGCAGGAAAAGCUUGAUAGGCUUGAGAAAUAUCUCCAGAUGAGGCGGUCCGGCGAAAUCAAGCCCCCCUCCCCGCCUCAGGAGGAGUCACGCGAGCCGCCAAAAACUCAAGAUCGACCAGUCACCCCUCCCCCAAGAGGCAAUGAGCGACGGAACCUACUCGAAAAUUUGCUUCAAAAGAGGCAGUCAGGCGAGAUUAAACCUCCACGGGAGGUUUUGGAGGCGGUAGAGUCGCGCAACCAGAUCAAGGAAUCCGAGACGACAGAGCCUGGGACAAGACGCGAGUCGGAUGCUGAGCAGCAUUCGGAGGCGCCACUUGAACCGGAAGCUCUGGCCGACGCGGAUGACAGUGCUUCCGACGCUGCUUCUGUUGACAGACCGAGGAAGAGGAAGAGCAGGAUGAAGCGAAGGGAUCGCUUGGACGAGGCUUCAACCAUCUCUUCUCGCCUUGACGACGACCAAUCCAGAUUGUCCAUACCAGGCGACGAGGGCACUGAGCUCUCAAGAGUCUCGAUUCCUGGUGACGAGGCCAGCGAUCUCCGUACCGUGUACAGUGUCGAAGACUGGGAGGAUUGGGAUAGCUCACCAAGGUCCACGCGGAAGUCGCUCGUCGCUUCGGAGCUGUCGACCUCGAGCAGGAGGAGCGCGCGGGGAAAACGUCGAAGCGCUACGGAGAGAGACAUUCGCGAAAGCCGUAAUGAGCAUGACGAACGCGGCGCGAGGCCCGAGUCUCGCGACGACGAAAGGAAACCCAGAAACAGGGAAGCCAGACACUACCAGGAUGAUGACAAUAACAGCGAGAAGCCUGUCGAGAAACCUGCUCCCUCGCGGCAACGCAAGGACUCUGGUAAGAAGUCGAAGUUCUUCUCCGGCAUCUUCAAGUCCGGCAGCAAAAACGACAACAGCUCCAUCAACGAGAAGGGCGAGUCUUUUUUUGAGCAAGCCGGCACUCUUGGCGCGGGUGCCGGCCUAGCGAGCAUUGCUGCGGCCGCAGCAAAGGCCUUGACUCGCUCCAAUGCCGCCGAUGUCUCCUCGGACCCGGAGAACAUCUCGCGAGAUCUCCCUGGCUCGAGCCGGGAGGACGAAGAGGAUCACUACCCCGUGAUUGCUCCCCGAGCGAUCGCGAUCGAUCCACAGUAUCGUGAUCUGCUCCCUCUACCACCCAGUCUACCAGGUAGUCCCGUAGAGGCUAGCUUUGACGAGCUGCCAAACCUUCCCGACAGUCGUCCUGGGACGCCGGAUGAAGAUCGAAGUCGGAGAUUCGAAAAGACGCAUCGCCGGCAACGAAGCAGCCAAGAAAACAGCCUGUCAAACUCCCGCAACAGGUCACACAGCAACACCGCUGUCCCCCUGACGCUUCUCAGGGGUAUCGGGUCCAGGCCUUCCAGUCCCGUUACUUACAGGACUCCCCGCACGCCGCCCCGGCCGACAUCCUGGGACAGCACCAAAGAAUUCAUGCCUCUGAUGCUCCUUGAGCAAGCUGGCCGUGGAUCGAACGACAGAAGCCCGAAAGGUGGAGACUUACCGCCCCUGCCUCCCAGCGAAGCAACGAGUGAAGCCGAAGGGGGAGCCAUGUCCGACCAAGAGGAGCACGACAGGGGAAAGCUUUUGCCCGUUCUGCGACCUGAAGACUUCCGAAGCCCCAUGCCUCCCAAUGACGGGUUCAACCUAGCUGAUCGCUCACUCCGGCUCCAAACUCAAAUCCCAGCCAUGGACCACGCCGUCACUGACGAGGAAUCUCAGGGUUCCACGCCAAAAGCGGACGUGACGUACCAGCUGCCCGUCCAGCCUACUGACAACACUCUAGGAGAAGCUGCGGCUGGUUAUGACGACCAAGUCCCUGGCCCUCGAACGGCCGGCAACGACAUGCAUCCAUCAACAGACAAGUACGACGAAGCUGUCCCCGUUGAGUCGACGCCUUCGUCGCGCCACUCGGCCAAGACAGUGGAUGCUCCAGCCAUAGCGAGUCCCCCGACUCCGACUCAACGCUUCCUCUCGCCCCGCCAGGACAUCAUUCGCCAUCCCUCCGAUGACUUGACAUCGCCAGACGAACGCUCUGAUGCCUUUGAAACGGCACACACCUCGCCUGCUGCCAUACCGGACGAUGACCAGUUUGAGCCGGAUCUGCCGCCCAUCGAGCCAUCGAUGCUUGGCGCAAUCCCCGAAUUUUCAAGACCCGCAAAGUUUUUUGAGGACAAGGUACCGGACCACCCUGAACUGGCAUCUAUGGACAGGGUGAUUGAGACUUUGCCUAGCAUUGAGAGCGUCCCAAAGGACCAGGCCCGCACCGACGCCCUGCACGGAUCUGCUGAGGAGUCAUCCGACGAGGUUAGGAAGAGGGGAGAUUGGAAGGAGCACAAGUCCAUCUCGUCUGGAGCGGAGUUUGAUCGCGACUUUUCUGCCCGGCCCGCGGCUGAAGAGACAUCGGCUGCGUUUGUCGGGAUUCCGGAAUCAGCUAUCGACAAGGACCAUACUCUAGAUACCGAAUACAUUUCUUCAACUGAGACUUUUCCCAAAGAGGUGCUCCCCCCUCAGGCGUUGGAGCCUGCCCUUGAUGAGCCGGAGGAACAUGCCUGGGUCAAGGAGAGCAAGGCACAGCCUGUGAUGAUCGAGGAUGAGUCGGAACCGGAGCCGAAGCCAGAACGUUUUUCCCCUGGGCCGGAGCUUGAGUGGAACGCGGAGCCAGUCGCGGUUUUCGAGCCUCUGGAGGAGGUUUCUGAAGCACCGUCCAACGAAGCUGCUGUCGACAUUGUACCUGUGUUUGAAAAGGUCACGUCUGACGUCAUCGCGGAGUCAAGUCAGCGCUCAGUGCCCGAGGAGAUUGAAGAAGAAAUCGUCAUCGGGCCUCUACCAUCUGCAAGUCGCAAGGCCACCGAGGCCGCUCCCGAGCCAACCUUGGAGGAAGCAACGGAAGGCAAGGGAUUUGAGCUUGCUCAACCUGACGUCCAGGUCUCUGGAGAAGAAUACACGAGGAAGCCUGCGACAUCUACAGUCCUUGAAGACUCUGAGGAAUCUGAAGGGGAAGAUGACUCAGAUGACGAGGAGGACUCAGAGGACUCGGAAGACUCUGAGGAGUCCGAGGAGGAGGAGGAGGAAGAGGAAGAGAGGGUCAGACGCACUGACAUGGCGGGCAUCGUCAAGCGCGACGGCGACGAGGAGCGCAUGGUUCAUGACAUGACGGCAUCUAUUGAGACUCUUGGGGCUGGGUCUGUGGUGUCGACUAGCUCGAAGAAGAGCAAGAAGAAAAAGAAGAAGAAGAAGAAGAGAAAGAGGAAGAAGAAGAAGAGCAAGUCGGCAGCCGCAGCAGCAGCAGACACUUCCCACGAGACUCUCGAUCAACAUCCUACAGAGGCAACAGAGCAGACUGCUCUGCCAAUUGUGGAACCUGCUACUAAACCCACCUCAGAUCUUGCACGAGUUCUUCCUGCAGAGGUCGAUAAGAACGAGGGCGAAACUCUGGUUGAAUCUGUCCCAUCUCCGCAUGUUGAUGCGGUAGAGGUGGCGGAGGAAAACCCGGCUGACCCUUCCAAAGACUCCGCCGUGCCCGAGUCUACACCUGAGAUUUCAGAAGAGCUCGCUCGCGAUAUUGAAGAAGAGCAGUCCACUAAGAAAGCACAAGACGCCGUCCCGACUCCUGAGCCAACUUCGCAUGAAGGCUUAGAACUCGUACCUGAACACGGCAUCCUGGCUGAUACCGAAGAGCCGCAAACAAUGCCCCCAUCCACCGUUGAGGAGUCAAACAACGAGGAGCCGGGCGUCAAUGACGAGCUUCAAAAGUGGGCUGCUACGGAUAACGAGCUGAUUCCGCAAGCGGACCGUGUUGGCGAGGACCAGAUAGAGGUGGUUUUACCAGAGCUCGGCGACGAACAAGAUGGUGAGAAGAGGAGGCUCCAAGUCGAGGAUCAGGCUAUCACUAUCGGGGAGCCUGGAGUUCUGGCUCCCUUGCCCGAGGAAGUGCCUCAGCUAGAAGAGUCGCCGAUACAGAAAGACUCGUCUGCUUCCACGGCUGUGGAAGUUCCUCUACCCACCGAAACGGAAGACCGUGACUCAUCCGUCCAGGACCGAGAGGCUCUGGUGACGGAUGAUGUCGUUCCUGCUGCGGAGGAGAUGCCUGUUGAAUCUCCCAUCGCGGUUGAAGAGACCAUCGACUCGAAGUCCGAGGACUCGAGAGCUCCAGAUACCCAUGAACAGGCACCCAUUCUAUCAGAUGGAACACCCUCAGCGGAUCGUCAAUGGGGUGUCACCGAAGAUGAAACCCGCGAAGCUAACGACAUGGUGGCUGAACCUGAGUAUGAAGAGACUAUUCAGCUGCCGACGAUCAUGGAAGAGCCUGGCCUUGAGGACGCAAGUGCUUCUGAGGUUGAGAACUUUGUGCCAUCAGAAGCCGAUCAACAUGCUCCCGUCUACAGCGACCAACUCUCCCCCAUCUUGGAGGAGUUGAUGGAAGAUUUAUUGGACGAAGCGGCUGCUGUAGAGAAGUCUGAAGGUACGAUACAACAAGACCAUGAAUCAAAACCAGGGCCCGCAGCAGACGAGCCAGCCUGGAGCAUUGGUCGUUCCGAAGACCAAUUCGAGCACCAGGACAGCGAAGAAGCUAGAGUACUGGAGUCCAUUGCCGAAGAACCGGAAGACGACUCACCCGAGCCGACACCGAAUGAAGGUGCGCCGCGAACCAUCGAGGAGAUAGCGAAUGGCAAAGAUACCAAUUGGGCCUCCCCCGAGCUUCCUUCAUUUACCUCAGAGAUCUCUGAGCCACUGUUUUCUCAGGGCGAUACUCCUUCUGAGUAUCCUACUCAGCAAUACUCUGAGAGUGCCGAGCCAACGCAGAUGGGCGAGAGCUUUGCGGUCCCGGAGGAGCCUUUGCGACCACCACCUCCUGUACCGAACACUGUCAGUGAGGCCAGCUCCAAGGCGACCGAAGUCGAACCGUCAACUCCUAUGGAACCCGCUGCUGAUGCCCAUUCCGAGAAUUUCAAUCAGCACUACCCUGAUCCUGCCGAGCCAACGCAGAUGGAAGAGAGUGUUGCAGUCCCGGAGGAGCCCAUGCGGCCGCCACCUCCUGUACCGAAUGCUGCUAAUGACACCGCUGAACGCGAAUUUGCAGCCCCAAUGGGAUCCGCUGCUGAUGCUUCUCCUGAACACCCUAUUGAGGAGUAUCCUACUUCUGUUGAGUCACCGCAGAUGGAUGAGAAUUUCGCGGUCCCGGAGGAGCCUGCGCGGCCGCCGCCUCCUGUACCGAAUGCGGCUGAUGAAGACAACGCUGAGGCGACCGACACUGAACCAGCAGCACCCAUGGAGCCCGUCGUUGAUACUCCGGCUCUAGAGCGAUCAGGCGAAUCUCAGUCAGCCAGACCAGCCCCUGAUAGUGUCCUCUCGGCUGAAGAGCGUGAGCAACAAGACAAGCAACUCUCUACUUCGGCCCCCGAAACUAGCCUCCAAGAGCCCGAGUUAGAUGAAGUUGUUCCACUGGAAGAAGGAGACAAGGGCAAAGAACGGAUCCAGAAUUUUACAGAGGAGGGCUCCAUACACGACGGUGCUGCAGUUGAGCAACCCUCUACCGCUAAUCCAGAUGAAGGCGAUGUGCCCCGGGAACCUCAAGUCACGCUAGACUCAAGCCCAUCCGAGCAACGUGAAGAAGACAAUGAGGCUCAGCAUGACGAGUCCAGACCCCAGACAGAGGCUGAGCCUAAUCUGCCUCAGGAAACCAGUCGCGAAGUGGAUUUCGAACCGGAAAUGGAGCAUGGGGCUUUGGACGAUGAACUGAAGCCGUCGACCGAUAUUGAGUUGAAGGUGGAGGGUUCUGAGGAAAAGUCAGGGGAGGCCCAGGCAGAUGCCGCUGAAUCCCCUGCUCACCCCGAAACUGCACCGUCUGUGGAAAUCCCAUCAACUCAUGAGGAGGAGCACGGGCCCGAGAAGGAAGUCAAUGACAACGUGGCUCUCGAUACGGAGAAGAGUGUUGAGGACGCAGAAGCUUCUAGCCGAGCUGCAGCUGACUCGGCUGAUACUAUGGAGCCCUCAGUCGAAAGCCAUCCUCCUCAAGAGCCUGAUAUGGCUCCUGAGCCGAAUCAAUCAUCUGUACAGGAGGUUUCACCAGUUGCUUCACCAAUCAGCCCAGAAGAUGCAGAUGAGAAAGGGGAAGUUGAGCACUCGAUACGACCUGAAGACCCCGAGCGAUUGGGUCUCGCCCAGGAUGACGCUGCCGCUCCCGUAAGCACAGUGCCACAUGACUCUUGCGAGGAAUUUGAACGUGCUGCCGAGGCUGAGGAUGCUUCUCCAAAGGCGGGUGAGCUACAGACUGAAGACGCCCUUGUACCACAGGAGGCUCAGAUGCCGACGGAGAGGGACCUCGUUGAGCCUGCGAAUGAAGCCCAUGAAGCAGCUGUGGCCGAAGAUCAGAAUCAAAUUGAGGCACCAGCCGAGACUAUCAAGAAUGACUCAAUCAGCGCCACCUUGCCAAGUUCUGAUCUGGUUAUGGAUACCGAGGAGGCACCGAACUUGGGCAACGAUACUAUCGUUGUCGACGAGGCACACUCUGAGCCUGCAGAUGCUCCUGAAUCCGAUGUUCUCGAGACUACUAUCGAGGCCACACCUGUUGCCAAGGAACAAGCAUCGGACGAAUACCUUCGAGACCAAAAGCCUGGCGAGCCAAUGGAAGACAUGAAGCCUGAUGAGUCUGAGGCUGCGACGGUAGUUGAAGAGGCCAGCAAAGAACUUGGGACUGGACUUGAUGAGGCUCAAGUUGCACCAAGUCCAGAGGAGUCUCAACGGGAACCGAUAUCAGAGACACAAGACGAGCCUGUUCUCGAGGAACCGAAGCCGGAAGAGCUACCUCGCGAGGAACCAGUAGCUGAGAAGGAGGCUCAGACUGAUGUUCAAGCCGCUGAGCCUGACACAGCUCCGGAGUCUCAGGCCACGGGACCAACUCAUGACGACAAUUCGAAAGAGCCUUCUAUGCCAGAGACUGCUGUUGUUGCAGAAAGCGAAGUGCCUGCUGAUAGUGCCGCCACUGGCUCAGAUCAGUUGCCACCAACUGAGGCAGUAAUUGUGCCUACAGAAGAACCGUCGUCUACCGAGCCGUUUGAUCAACACGAUCCUAAGUCUGCUUUGACAACUGAGGCUUCCCAGGACUCCACAGAGAAACCUCGAGAGUCGGUCGAAAUUGCUGAUUCCGAGGUCCAACAGCCGAAGCCUGUGGAAACGAGGUCAGACUCCGUUAGGAGCUCAUCAAUGCAUCUGACCGUCCCUGGGCAAGAAGAGGACUCUGGAAGUGAAUACGGCAGUGAUGACAGUUACGACGCUUCGUCCGUAGCUUCGGACAUGUCAUACCAGCGCGACUUCAUGCGAUCUGGAUCCCUCGGACCGAAUGAUUCAACGACAAGACUUACUGGUUUCGAGGUGGUGGCGACUCCGCGUGUAGAAGGACAUGCCCACAGAGACCGACACCGAAAGAAGAAAAAGAAGAAGAAGGGCAAAAGCAAGCACAAACGCAAGAAGUCGCGAAGCGGAAGCGAUCCGUCAUCCUCGCUGACCAGCCUCAGUGAAUCGGUCCCGACGACUUCGAAUCCCAGCCUCGGAAACAGCGUGCCUAGUCUCUUCGUGGAGCCCCCUGCUGACCAGCCUCAAGUCCCAGGACAAACGGAAACUGGGUCCCAUGCGACCGAGAGAGGAGGCUCUGAUGUUCCUGUGACUCAGCCUUCUACUGAGGAUGAUCUGUUCUCGAAGUAUGCGGAUGAGCCUGAGCUAUCACCAGCCGAACAAGAGAAGCCGGCUGAACGCGCCGCCGCUGCAUCACCAGACUUGGAGACUAUCCUGGAAGAGGUCGUGGGAGAGGAACAACAGCCAAAGAAGUUAGCAGACUCGUCCGAUGGUGAGGCUGCCGAGGUUCCACUCCCGUCUGAAAACGUCGGUCUGAAGCCCGCAAAUGAACCAGAAUGGAAUGAACGAGAGGCUCCCGCAACAGAAGGGACUCAAGAACCAACUGCUUCCGCACCCCUGGAAGAUGACUCGGAAACCAAAUGGGACAUGUUUACAGGCAACUGGGGCAACUCCUCCGGUAGGAAGGCCGAGUCUGGCCUUAUGGAGAGUCCUGAGAUUACUCGCGGCAGCAGAAAAGUAGCCGAAGACGCAGAUGGCAGCUCAAUGCAUAUCAUCCAAGACGCACCUCUAGUCGAAGAGCCCUCAGAGAUUUCGACACCGCAACGGAUGUCAGCCGACAUCCCAGAUCACACCGCGAGUGAUGAGCGUGCAGGAUCGCUGUUACGAAGCGAGAAGCGAGCCUCAUCCGUUCCCGGAUCGCAAUCGCCAAAGAAGGGCUCGAGGCCCGCUAGCCAAGGCGGCGAAAAGUCUGAUCGGUGGUUCGGGUCAUUCUCGGGGGGCAUGUCUCUCUUCUCUGACCGGUUUGGGAGUCCCAGGAAAAAGAAGGCAAAGGACAGAGACAAGGAUCCUAUAGGGGUAGAUGACAAGGAAGACCCCAAGGAGGAGUCUUUUUUAGGGAAUCCAGCUCUUCGGCAAAGCGGUGACGAGAGGAGCUGGGAAUCAAAUCAGAUGGACAGAGAGGACAUGAUUGACGACUUUUUGCACGGAGGCGGCCUCCCUACCACCCCCAAGAAGCGCAGAAAGCGUCAUGAUCCCUCUGCCGCGCCCACUACACCAAAGCGCAGCGAAAGCAUUGUGGAAGCAGGAGAUGACGAGGGUGCAAUUGUGAGGAAGGGUGAGCGUGGAGGCUUGUUUGGAGGAGACUUGGUUGAGAGCCCGGUUCUCGAGGCGACGGAACCCCUCGGACCGUUUGAGCUGCUGCGACGGCAUUCACAGGCGGAGGAUCCUAUCGGCGGACUGCUUCGGGAGGCAUCAGAAAUCUCGGUGCUCCCGCCAAUGGACAUGAUGUCUGAACUAUCUGAUUACGAGCUGUCUGACUAUAGGUUGUCCCCCCCGCGAGGGCUGCCCGCGGUGGAAGAGCAGCCGGAGGCAGAGGCCGAAGCGACAGCCUCUGAAGUUGGCUAUUACAGAGACAGUGGGUUUGCCGGAAGCCCUCCUCCGCACAACCGAUCAAGAAGGCACAGCAUAAGCACGAUACCUCUUGAAGAGGACGAGGAGAAACAGCGCGACAGCGGGGUCGAGGCAGACUGGAUAGAAGCGGCCAUGGCACAGCUCAAGACGCCCGAGCCGAUCAGCAGAACACCAGACCGGCAGCCUCAGAGACGCCUACGACGAUCCACGCUGGGCGGCCAAAGACUACGAGAUUCCGCUUCGCUGCGGGAAGCGGCGCAAGACCCGGACAGGAAAACAAUACCGGGAACGAGGGAGCGAGUGUUGACAGGAACAGGAACACGACCGGAGACCCCCUCGGGGCGAUCCAGUCCUACGAAGAAAGGCUACGGGGCCAUCGCCGGCAUAGGAAUCGCGGCACGGCUUGCGAGCGGCAGGACAUCACCGAUGAGCACUUCGACGGAACGAUCCGACACCCUGCCGGCGCUGCGACGGUCAGUGACCUCGCCGGCGGCAGCACCGCUCCGAAGCCUGCGACGCGCAGUCAGCGCGCAGAUCGGGCCGGGGCUGCAGCGCCCGGAGUCGCCGUCACUGGCGGUGCUGCCGGUGGUGACGGAGCAGCCGCGAAGCGUCUCAGACAGCCACAUCCCGUCAGCCACCAAGCACCAGGCGGGAGAGGCAGCGCGGGCCGACCCUGGUCGAGGGACGCCCAAUAGCGGCGUGGCGCGGCAGCGGACCCCUGAGCGGCUGAAGAGCUCGGGCGGCAGCACAGUGCGGUCGUCGUCGAACCCAUCGCCGCCGCUGCUGCGACGGGCGGAGAAGCGCAUGUCGCUGCGCCAGCCAAACAUUGCCAGCAGCGACCACAGCGGCUUCGACAGCAGCAGCAGCGCGCCCCUUGCGACCAGGAACCCGAACCCGAGCACGACGUCGAUCCCCAACAUCAGCCCCAUCCCGACGCCGUCCAUUGCGGGCUCGAUUGCAGACUCGAUCGCGGGCAUCCUCGACCCCAGCCCGUUCCCAGCCUCGGCCUCGUCGUCGCCGUCCAAGCCUGCCGCCGCCGCCAAACCGCCAUCGAAAGCAGCGUCCGAGCCUCCGGUGGCCAACGAGGGCCGUGCGCGCGCAAAGGACAAGACGGACGUAUACCCCAGCCACCCCGAAAAGGUGUCAGCGCUCUUCACCGCCCAGCCUCGUGAUUUUCGGCACCCCCAGCAGCUCCGCCCAGCUGCAAAGGCCUCUCUCUGCAUCUUCCACGGCUCUCUGGCUCACUUCUGUCGCCUUGCUGCCGACCGAAAGUGCCUGCAUUGCAUGCCGCGUCUGGAUGGGUACGGCGAGGGCCGCAUCGGCUCGCCUCUAUCUCCCACAAGGCCGCACAGCAUGCGUCGCCGCCAGAGUAUGCAAGUCCUCGAGCUCGAGGCCCGCGUCGAGCAGCUCAUGGCCGAGAACCGGCUGCUCUCCGACGCCCGCCACAGCACCGACCAGCACCUGAGCCACCGCGUCGUCACCGCCCUUUCCGACCGCGACACCCAGAUCGAGAGCCUCAAGCAGACGCUCAAGUUCCUCCGCGGCGAGGUCUCUCGCCUGACCGAGGUCAACGAGGGCCUGGCCAGCGCCAAUGCCGAGCUGGCCAGCAAGGACAACAGCCGCUACGCAGACCUGCAGGUGACCGCCGGCCAGGGCGGCAACCAGGAUGCCCUCAUCCAGGCCCUGCACGAAAAGGACGCCCAGAUUGCCGACCUGACGGCCAAGCUCGAUGCCGCCAAGGAGCGCAUCCGCGAGCUGCAGCGCCAGAUCCUCGAGUCCAAGGCUGCCGACGUGCAGUUCCUCAACAUCAAGGACGAGGACUAUUUUGACCACCGCUGCCAGCAGCUCUGUUCCCAUGUUCAGCAGUGGGUGCUGCGCUUCUCCAAGUUUUCCGAUAUGCGGGCCUGCCGCCUGACCAGCGAGAUCAACGAUGAAAAGAUCAUUGACCGCCUCGACAACGCCGUGCUCGACGGCACUGACGUCGACAGAUACCUCAAUGACAGGGUCCGCCGGCGGGACAUCUUCAUGUCCAUGACCAUGAACAUGAUAUGGGAGUUUGUCUUUACCCGCUACCUGUUUGGCAUGGAUCGUGAGCAGCGACAGAAGCUCAAGUCGCUGGAGAAGCUGCUGACCGAGGUUGGCCCUCCGCAAGCGGUGCGCCAGUGGCGUGCCGUUACCCUUACCCUGCUCUCGAAGCGUGACUCUUUCAAGAGGCAACGAGACCUCGACACAGAAGCCGUGGUCCAGGCCAUUUACCAGACCCUAUGCAAAGUCCUCCCGCCGCCGUCCAAUCUGGAGGCACAGAUUCAAGCCCAGCUGCGGAGGGUCAUGCACGAGGCCGUCCACCUCUCCAUUGAGAUGCGCACGCAAAAGGCCGAGUACAUGAUGCUGCCGCCUCUACAACCCGAGUACGACGCGGACGGUGAGCUUGUGCAGACCGUCCAAUUCAAUGCGUCCAUGAUGAACGAACGGAGCGGAACGCUCAAGAUGACCAAUGAGGAGCUUGAGGAACGCGGUGCCAUUGUGCGCGUUGUCCUCUUCCCUCUAGUCGUGAAGAAGGGAGACGACGACGGCUCCAACGAUGAGGAGGUCGUCAUCUGUCCCGCCCAGGUGCUCAUUGCCCGCAGCAAGCUCACGCGCCAACCCACGCCAUCUACUGACGGGGGGAGAGCUUCUACGGGCACAGGCCGUCUGAGCGGUGGCACGACGUCUCCUGAGACUAGACAGGCCAAAGCUGUCUAA